UGCACAGACUUGGUAUAUUUUGAUAGCGAUUGAACUUGGGCACUCCCAGGCCCAUACGCAUCAAGUUAUACACCAUUCUUGUGGCAGACAGUACUUUCAUGGCUUCUUAUUUUGGCCUCGGGACAAUAACACAUAUUAUACUAGGUAUCCUGAUAUACGACCAUAUGGCAACUGUCACAGAUGAAAUUACUUUUAUCUGGUGUCGUCCAAAAGCACUAUCUGCAAUUUUAUUCCUCAUCAAUCGCUAUGUCGCUCUACUCGGCAACGUCUUUAUGUUGUUUACGUAUCUUCUGCCCAUUUCACAUGAGGUUCUAUGGUUUCGUUAUGCGCGUACCCAAUUGGCAGGCUCACAUCGUCUUUCCGCAGAGGUUUCAACUCUUGUUCUUCAACGUGUUGUUUUUCUCAACAAAGACCUAGCUGUCGGACAUAUUUUACAUCAAAAGAUGUACUCUUUUUUUCCCAACAAAUAUUCGUUUGUUGUAAGUGGAUUUUUAUGGCGAGAAAUACAUGUAUUGACAUUGCCAGUUAUAUUGACUCUUCGCACUUAUGCUCUCUACUGCCGUAACAAACGCCUCCUCACUUCGAUGAUAAUCAUCGUUUGUGCUCUUGGGGGAGUGACUGCGGGAACAUUUGGACUCCGUUCAAGCGCCGUCGUGCUAGGAAUGAAUUGCCUUGACUCAUACACAAAAGAGAUAGCCGUCAGUCCUGGGUUGGGAUGGGUGACACUACUCGUCUACGAAUUACUCGUAUUUGUCCUCACAGUUUGCAGGAUAUGCAAAAUUAGAGGACUGUCAUUGGCAAUGUCGAGGGGACACAUGCUUGAUGUCAUGUUUCAAGAUGGUGCCGUGUAUUUCGCGGUGAUGACGUUGUUUAAUCUACUCAACAUCCUGACGUACUACUGUGGUUCAAAUACCACCAGAGGCAGUCUGGCCACAUUUACUAGCUGCAUAUCCGUGACUCUCGUCUCUCGGCUGAUGCUCAAUCUGCACAAAUCUGUCGAUACAGGCAUUCUUACUACCCCUGUCCAAGAUGAUGACUACGAUUCCAUUGUCCUUACUACUAGGAUCAACGUACAGUCCACGAUUUCCUCUCGCCAAUGCUAGGUCGAUAUUUCUGGAUUUGUAUAUUUGUAUUGGAAGUGGAAAGUUAAUAUCGGGGUAGUAUCCAGAUGCGCAGAGACGAAGCCUGUUAACCUACAACGUGUUCCUUUCUUCUUUAUAUUUAACGUAUUGUGCUCGCACACCCCGUUUUCCUCGACGCACGGUUAAACCGAAUCUCAUAUCUC